AUGGCGAACAACUUUGACAUAAAUGAUAUGACCGUUGAACAGCUUAUGGCGCUUAGUGAGAUAAUCAACGAUAGUGACUAUGAGGGAAACCUUGAGGACGAAGUGAAUAAGAUCUCCGAGGACAAGUUCUACCGUGUCGCACCUAAGGACAAGGGAGAGAACAUCUUCGCGGAAGAGAAACUAUUCAUUGAUGAAGGUGAUAGGUCCACUGAUCCCAAGAGGCCAAGGAGACUCCCACUGAACUACAAGGGUAAAAGAGGAAUAAUGCCAACAUGGAAAUAUUCCGAGAGGCAGAAGGCAAAGGCUUUACUAGUUGAGGAAGCGUAUCAGAGCCUACUAAGUAGAGGAGUUGAAGGUCUACCACCAACAAUGGGUGGUAGAUGGAGAACGGACGAUCCUCAGGUAAACGCGGAGAUGAAGAGGCUCGAAAACCUUAGAAAUCCCAAGCGUCCUAGAGGUAGACCACCAAAGGUCAAGGUUGAUGGUGAAGUAACCCCCAAAAGAAGGGGUAGACCACCGAAGACUAAGGAAGAUAAGGUCCCCAAGAGGAGAGGUAGACCACCAAAGGUUAAGGCUGAGUCCAGGGAAGCCGUAGUUCCUAAGAAAAGAGGAAGACCACCUAAGACCAAGAAACAGACCGUCGCGGAGAGGUUCAUAAGCCAAGGCCGGAUAAAACUUUCAGUUCCUACGGAUAGCGUCAUAACACAGGUGGGACCGAAUAAGUUCACGGUGACUGUGGAUCUUAGCAAGAAACCUACAAGGAAAGCUCCUGAGGUUCCUAAAG